AUGCCUGAGAAACGAAAAUCUGAAGCGUUCCGGGCAGCAUCAAAUCAUUGGGCCAAGCGGUUCAAGAGCCAAGCCAAGCAAGGUCCAGAUGGCACUCAAGAUGGUAAGAAUUCACAAGAUUCCACACCCGUCUCAACACUGUCAACCAAGAUUCCUUCCCCGAUAAAGCUUUUGUACAACCCUAGUUAUUCUGAAGAUGAGCUCCUGGCCGUUAAUGCCGACACGGUCCGGAUUCGCGACCUCAUUGGAGCUGCAGAUUUGAAAGAGACUUAUCAGUUCAAUUUCAACGUUGACCUUACAUUCUUUUUAUCAUUCUUGCACCCAGAUUUCAAAAAAGAGAAAAGAAAGAUUUUGUUCAUUACUGGCAGCAAAUUAUUAGAUCGUGAUUACGAAGAAACAUAUGCAAUUGAAAAGGACUAUAAUAUACUGGAGGUGCAAGCAAAACUUCCAAGCAGAUUUGGAACCCAUCAUACUAAGAUGAUGAUUAAUUUUUCCAAGGACCAAUCGGCUGAGAUUAUAAUCAUGUCUUGCAAUUUGACCAAACUCGAUUUCGGAGGGUUGACUCAAAUGAUCUGGCGGUCGGGAAAAUUGUUCUAUGGAGAUACAACUAGUUCCAAGGGCUCACAGUUUAAAAGUGAUCUACUAGCGUACUUGCACUCAUACUCAAAGCCUCAAAUUGACAUCCUAGCUAUGACAUUGCAGUCAUACAGCUUUCAAGGAAUUGACGUCGAUUUAAUAGCCUCUUCUCCGGGGAGUUACAAUACAAAUGACGAAGAGAAACACUUUGGUUAUGGAAGUCUAUUGGAUGCAUGCAAACGCAAUAACCUCUUGGUCGAUAAUCGAGACAAAUCCUGCCACUACAAUAUUUUGGCCCAAACAUCUGCAAUUUCUUAUCCAUUUGCGACUGAAAAAUGGUCCACGGCGGGAGUUUUCACUCACUUGCUUUGUCCAAUGCUAUUUUCAAAAAAUAGCGAGUUUCACCUCCUAGCUCCAGGAAAGCAAAGUUUGCGUCAACACCAAGCGGAACAUAACUAUACACCUUCGAUCGUUUUUCCAACUGUGGGUGAAGUUGCUUCAAGCAAUAUGGGUUUUGCGUCUGGGCAAGCAAUCCAUUUCGAUUACUCUCGGUCUUUUGUUCACAGAAACUACUACGAGCAAGCAAUCAAGCCGUAUUUAAAGAAAUGGAACUCGACUCCAACAAACUCGCUGACGGGUAGGGAGCACGUCAUGCCACACGUGAAACUAUACAUGUGUGAUAAUGGUGAUAACUGGGAAUCAAUAAGGUGGUGCUACAUGGGAAGUCACAACUUAUCCAAGCAAGCUUGGGGAAGCAGAAAAGGCAACAAGUUUGUAAAUGAUGACCCUAGCCGGUAUGAAGUGAAUAGUUACGAGUUGGGUGUCCUUUUGACUCCGAAACCGGGAACUCAAAUGAAACCAAGCUAUCUUUCAGAUUCGGGUUCUGAAUACGGAGUGACGUACCUUCGAAUGCCUUUUGCUCUUCCUCCUGCUGCUUACUCAAAAGACGACAUUCCUUGGAGCGGUCACGUAUCUUAUGGAGAGUUAAUGGAUAGUAAGGGCUACACGUACAACUUACUGCAUUGA